UCAUAUAGAUUUAAUAGGAGCUCUAAGUUGUUGGGCCGAAAAAGAAAGCCCAAUACUGGAACGGCCCGCGAGUUGCCCCCUAAAAAUUUUGAAAACCUCAUUCUCCCUCUGUCCGAAUCAUGGCGGACGACUUCCAGAGGCAGCUCCUUUCCUCGAUCGUCUCCGACAUCAAGAGCUACGAGGGCGGCGAUCCGCUUCGGCCUUGGAUUCAUGGCAUUCGGCGGAUGAGGGAGACUUUUCCCCCUCGGAUCUUGAAGGAGAAGCUCCCCAGAUUCCUGCAGAAGUGCGCCCAGGAGUUUGAAACUGACCGAAGGUACCGCAAUGAUUCUCGAUACCUCCGCAUCUGGAUCGAACUGAUGGAUUAUGUGCACGAUGCUAAAGUGCUUUUGAGGAAGAUGGAGAAGAACGAAAUUGGGUUGAAGCGAGCUGUGUUUUAUUUGGCGUAUGCUUUGUACUAUGAGAAGCAUAAGAAAUUCGAUGAAGCUGAGAAAGUGUACCGUCUAGGUGUCCAGAACCUUGCAGAGCCUAUCAAUGAACUACAAAAGACAUACGGAGAGUUUGUUCAGCGGAUGGAAUUGUAUAAAAAAAGAAAAGCCAAAGAAGUGAUCUCAAAGAAAGGAUGUUUAAGUUUGAAAGGGAAUAAAGAAAACAUAAAAAUAGUUGAUGACAAAGUUGCAGAGAGGAAUUCUCAGAUACCGAACCACAGUAAAGGCCUUUCAGACAAAGGAAAUAUUACCGGCAGCAAUAUUAUAAUAGGACAUUCAAAAUCUAUACAAGAUAGUUCUACAAAUUUGGAAUCAAAGCAUGGAAUUCAACAAUCAGCCGUUGUAAAAACGUCUUCUAAGAAAUGUGAUGAUGCUCAUUCAGAAAAUCACAUUCCAAAUAACACUGAUGACACAGUAGUGGUGAAAUUUGUUGAUUCUGCAAUUGUUGGAAGGUCUGAAGCAGAAAACGCUUGUCAUCAUGGACUUGUAGACCCCACCAUCAAUAUGAAGGAGGCUAUGAGUGAGAUCAAUAACAUGUUUCAAGAGCCUCUGGAUAUCAUGGUUAAAAGAAGAUCAAGUAAAUCAAAAUCUGUUUGUCAGAAGAAUGAGUUUAAAGUCUUCAUAGACGAAGACACUAGUGAUGUGCCAAAACACCCUUCUCAAUUCCCCAACAGUGAUCAAUGUGGCGUUGAACUUUCAAAAUUCAAGUCCGAUAAGCAUGUGGAAUUCAAAAUUUUGGCCGAUGAUGAAGAUGAUGAUGUGAUUCACAGACACUCCAAGGAAUUUAAGCCACCGAACAACAUUAAUGUUCCUAAGAAACAAAUUGAUUCAACGGCUUAUAGCAUUUCCACGAGGACCAUAUCAGGUUUCAAUGAAGAGACUGUUCACAGAUUUGUUGGAUCAACUGUUCUUGACGAGUCUAAAGUGGAAAAUGCAUGCCACCAUGGUUUGCUGGAUCCGACUAUCAACCUGAAGGAGGCAAUGGAUGAUAUAAACAGCAUGUUUGGACAACCAUUGGAUUUCAAGGGCAGCAAACCUAAGAAGAAAGCAAUUGUAACUUUAGCUACGGAGCCAAAAUCCGAUGAAUUCUAUAUAUUUGUGGAUGAAGGCUUAUGGGAGCCAUCAGAUUCCAAGUGCAACAAACCAAAGAAGAAAGGAGUUGUAUCUCGAGACAAGGAACCAGCAUCUGAUGGAUUCUUUAUAUUGGCAGACGAUAGCAUAGGAGAGACAUUCAACAUCGAAAGCAGCAAACAAAAGGAGAAAGGGUUUCUUUCUUUGGACAAUAAACCAACUUCUGACGGAUUCUUUAUACUGGCCGACGAUGAAUUAGAUGACCCGAAAGGAAAUGCUUCGACGAGUAUCCCACAUGACUUGGGUGAAAAUGGUGGUUUGUUUGAGCCAACCAUUUUCACCAAGGAGGCCAUGGCCGAGAUCAACGAUUUGUUUGGGAAGCCGUUAGACUUCUGAUGAUAUUCCAUUUAUGAUGUAAUUAUUUGGGCUUUGUGAAGUCUGUGAUGGUGCAGUUUUUGCUUCAAAGUUCUUUGCAAAGAAAUUGGAAACUGAUUUGUAAUCUGCUCUUUGUUCGAUACAUUGUCAUCCUGGCCUGGUUUUGUUGGAAA